AGAAGGAAAUAAUUGACGAUUCACUGACAUUAUACAUGGUGUCGUCGGGCUAUUACCGUUAUCCAAGAGGCUACAUCGAAUGUUUAGAGCUGUAGUAAUUUAGAGCUUUCGAGGUUGUAAAUUAAGCCAAUCGACAAGACUUUCCCCGCACUCACCGGUUUUAAGAGAAAGGUGAGUGAUUCAGAAAAUAAUUAAUUGGGGCAAAUGUGUGUUACCCUGAACCAAUUUUUACAAACUUUCAGGCAUACUCAACAACUUCUAUGUUAGUAUAACAUCCGGGGAUUUGUGUCAUUUCAUUCAAAGUAUUGGUUGUGUAUAACUAGUGUGUUAAAUCCACAAAUCUUGUGCCCUAGGUGUAGUUAUUUCAGGCCUCUGCUGUUUUGCCGUUAAUGCUAAAAGAGUGAUCAUAAUUGUUCCCAAAAAUAAACCACUCAGUAAGACAGUUUCCUAUCAGAAAUAAUUUGUUGUUCUUCUCAUCUAAGCAAAAAAUCUAACAAAAACACUUUGGGGCUAAUCUUUUCAAAACAUCCCAUAUUGCCCUUUGGUUUGUUGAACCUGUUUAACCCAUCUGUGCCCUGACUAAUAGUAUUUUCUCCUGCAGAAGGAGAAGACGGAGGGGGGGAAGGCUGGGUACUAAACUAGACCUGUCUGGAGCAAACUGGGCAAAGAGGGACCCUUCAACUUAACCAUAUCUGUUUUCGCUUUCCAUUUCCGAGGGGCUAGAAUGCCAGAGACUAAGAAUGGAAGACCAGGGAUAGCCGUGACCUGCGUGCUGACCCCGUGUCGGCUAGUUGGUGUGUGCGUGACCGUGGUCCUAUUAGGAAUGGUCGGAGUGGCUGUCUGGGCUGUAGUAACCUACUGCACCAGAGAAGAAGACACAGGACUUUAUGACGUCCAGGUGAACUCGAUGGACCAACAGCUACGCGUGUUUGACUCUGCCCAGCACAGGUGGAGGCCGGUCUGCUCCUCAGAAGCCAAUCAGCUGUUAGCCAGCAUCAGCUGUGAAGAGAUGGGAUUCGUCAGUGUUGUUAACUACUCUGCGUCAAGCUUGCCUGAGGGAAGCAACGAGGGUGUAGACUUCUUCUGUGUCAAACAGGACGAGUUGACCUAUGGGAAAAGGAUUAAAGACUCUCUUUAUCCCUGUAACUGUGAGAGUGGCCAGGUUCUGACUGUGCUGUGUCAAGACUGUGGUCGACGCAGCUUGACGGAGGACCGCAUUGUGGGCGGCGUGGACGCACGGCAGGGCAGCUGGCCCUGGCAGGUCAGUCUGCAGUACGACGGUGUGCACCAGUGUGGGGGCUCCGUCAUCUCUGAUCGCUGGGUGGUCAGCGCGGCGCACUGCUUCCCCGAGCGGUACCGGCAUCUCUCUAGGUGGCGUGUGUUGCUGGGCUCCAACUAUAAUAAACCAGUCCACAACACAGUGGUGAUGGCGGAGGUCCGGACUGUGGUUUACCACAGCAGCUACCUUCCCUUUGUGGACCCCAACAUAGAUGACAAUAGCAGAGACAUUGCCGUCCUGGCUCUGGCACAGCCCCUCACAUUCACUGAUUAUAUACAGCCAGUGUGUCUGCCCACCUAUGGCCAAAGGCUGGUGGAUGGACAGAUGGGCACAGUGACAGGCUGGGGAAACGUAGGAUACUACGGUAUGCUAGCUGAUGUCCUCCAGGAAGCUCACGUGCCCAUCAUCAGUGAUGCUGUGUGCAACGCCCCAGAUUACUAUGACAACCAGAUCACCACCAGUAUGUUUUGUGCCGGCUUUGAGAAAGGUGGCAUUGAUGCGUGUCAGGGGGAUAGUGGUGGUCCCUUUGUAGCAGAGGACUGCCUUUCCAAGGCUAGCCGCUACCGUCUGCUGGGUGUGGUGAGCUGGGGAACAGGCUGUGCCAUGGCCAAGAAGCCUGGCGUUUAUACCAGGGUGGCACGCUUCUUGCCAUGGUUAUCCACCGCAAUGAGGACCUAUCACAACUCUCCAGGCUUUCACAAGAUGGCUAGAACAUGAGAAAGGGGAAAUGGGAGAGGAGAACAUCUCACUUAAGGUUCUCCAGUGGAACAAUGAUCAAUGAGGCCUGGUCCAAACAAAACCUCUUUGCCAUUACAUUUUUUUAUAUGAACCUUCCCCCUUCUUGUAGGCUGCUUGAUCUGCUCCUCAGGGUUCACAGUCCAAGACCUGGUUGUAUAAUCUGACAAACAAAAAUGUGUCCUUAAUGCCAUGACAACUGAUCAACCGUUUCUGAGGAGACAACAUAGAGACGGCCAUCAGGUAUUUAAAACAAACGUAUUUCGUUGGCGAUUUCAACCAACAUUUAAAGGGAGUUAUUUUUCCUACCAUACCUGAUUUAGGCAAAGUGUCUGUCUGUCUGUCUGUGGGAGUGUGUGUGUGUGUAUGUGUGUGUAUGUGUGUGGUUUCUUAUGGUGCGAACAUGAACUAAUCUAUAAAAAAGGCAAAUUUUCAUUCAGUAAUAGAGCUGGUGAAUGUAUGAUAUUAUUCUUAUUGGAAUCAGUAUUUUGUUUUCCUAACUGUAAAUAUUAGGUGCUUUUCAUUGCAAAUAAAUGUCUUCUGGUUUUUGAGUUGUUACAAUGAAUCAGAUAUGCCUCUACAGUUGCAUGCACUGUCCAAUUCUGGUCUUG